AAGAGAUCGUUUAGACAGUUUUCGAAAAUCCUAGCUCGAUUACAAUUAAUUCUCGAUAAAUAUCUCCCCGGAUACAACAUAGAACAAAAAAUGACGCUUCUCUACAUUACAUUUACUUCCCCCGGAACGUACGACUCUCAAAUGCAAUUUUCAGCAGUACCAAUUGGGCAAUACAAAUACAUAGUAUUAGAAAGUAUUUUACGAAUUAGGUUAGCUGUAAUCAUCUUAUAUCUGUACAGUACAAUAAACGAACUCUACAAUGCCUCAAAAUCAAUUAAUUCUAUUUUGCGGAUUUUAUGCGACGAUUCCACCGUCAUUAAAUCAUUUUCUGGGGCUAGAAAUGUUUUGCAAACGGUGAGGGAUGCAACAAAAUGUUACGAACUCCUCGAAAACGCCGUAAACGAGUUUAAUAAAUUAUACGGCUUUCCUAUAUUUUGUGUCUACAUGUAUUUGAUGAGUUGCUUUUUGAUCGCGUUUAAUUUGCCGCUUACUUGGGACAAAACGUUUAAUGUAGGCCGAUACACACUAUGGGGGGUAGUUUACAUGGUUUUUGGGAUGGCCAGCGUUUUACUCCUUACUAGUAUAUGCAGAAAAGUUACGAAUGAAGUCAAUCUAACGACUCAUUUAAGUUAUAAUUUGCUUCAAAGGUGCAGUUUGAAAACGACAAAAGAUAUGGAGCUUUAUCAAAGUGUUUUGUUGCUGUUAAAAUGUUCCACGUGGAGGUACCCCGAGUUUACAGCCGGAGGUUUUUUCUUGUUGAACAAUACAACGGUGCAGCUGUUCGUUACGUUGAUUGUGUCGUAUGUUGUGGUUUUGUAUCAAUUUUAUCUCAUUUUUAAAUGAAAUUUGAGUACUAUCAUGUUUUUUAUCAUUAUUUUUGCCCGAUACGAACUUCACUCAAUUACAAAAUCUAAUACUAACCAACUUCAUUUAGGUGAAACGUCAAAAAUGUCAUUUAAAAAAGUGAGGUUAGAAUGGAUUAAAAUUGAUACUUAUAGAAAUCCUCAAUAUCACAGUUUUAAAUUAACACCGGUCAUGAUAUGCGUUGAGAUGUUGAGAAAACUUAGUUGGAUUUUUACUCUAUUUAAUAGCUAAAAUUAAAAAAAAAUUUUUUUUUAACGAAAUGUCAAAAUGG